UCCCCCCCCGCUGCCCCCAAUGCUGCCCCCCAGGCGCAGACCCGCAGCGUGAGGAGCAGCUGAUGGAGGACUGGUUCUCCCUGGUCAACGCCCGCAACGCCCUGCUGCGCCGCCACGACCGCCUGCAGCUGCUGGAGGAGGAGCAGGACGUGGAGCGGCGCUUUGAGCUGCUGAGCCGGGAGCUGCGGGCGAUGCUGAGCACGGAGGAGUGGGAGAAGUCGGCGGCGCAGCGGCAGCGGGAGGAGCUGUUACUGGAGGAACUGGUGGCACUGGUGAACCGCCGCGACGAGCUGCUGCGGCACCUGGAUGCGAGCGAGCAGGCGGCACUGGAGGAGGACGCCCACCUGGAGAGGGGCCUCAAACGGCAGCGGCGGAAAUCGGGACGCAGGGAGAUGUGCGGAAUCGCCUGAGGGGGGGACCCCAAAAAUGAGGACCCCCCCCAAUAAAAGACAAUGGGAGUUCAGACCUGAAAAUCUCGGCUUCAGACCCCAAAACGCGGCAUUCUGAGCCCAAAUCCCACCUCUGGACCCUGAAAUCCCAUUUUCUGACCCCAAAUCCCACAUCUGGAGCCCCAAAAUCGCUCAUUCUGACCCCAAAAUCCCUGAGGUGGCGGACGGUGCUUUAUUGGAGGGGGGCACGAGUGUGAGUGUGCAACGGAGUGAGUGUGCAAAGGGGGUGCGAGUGCACCAGGAGGGGGCAUGUGCAAGGAGGGAGUGUACAAGAAGGGGGGAUGUGAGGUGCGAGUGUGCGAGAGCACGUUAGAUGUAAGUGUGCAAGAGCAGUGUGUGAGUGCAUGAGGAGU